UGUUGCGUUGUUCUGCCGCAGUUUUCUGGCCUUGUGCGUCUUCUCGUGCGUGUUGUUGGUGUUUCUUAGUAAUAUCUAGCAGUGGACUGUAGUGGUGGUUAGCUGUUAAUCUUUCUGCAGUUUGGUGGUGCUUUUUAGACGUUCGACAUGUCCGCAAAGGAGAAUCGCGGUGGCAGUCAAACAUGUUGCGUGCCCGGCUGUAGCAACAACACAAGAAAGGACAAAAACAUAUCAUUCCACGGAUUCCCCAAGGACAACAAGCUGAAGCAAGAAUGGGUGCGCAGGAUAAAUCGGCAAGGCUCGGAAGGACGAUUUACCUUGUGGAAGCCUUCAAAGCACCACAAAAUAUGUGGUGCGCAUUUCAACACAAGCGGGCGCAAGGGAUACAUGGAUCGUCUCCCCACGAUCUUUCCACACCGAGUGUAUGCAGAACGGACACCUGCUGUGGUUACGGGCGCUGGGAAACGACGCCGUAUAAAGCGCGUCGUGGCGAUGUCGCAGGAAGCCUAUAUCCAGGACGAACUCUGCAUCUGCGGCACGGUUGAAGUGGAAUCUCAGCAACACAACCUCUCAGCUACUUCACCUGUGCUUCUUCCAGCUGCUUCUCCAUCAAGCAUGCAUCCCCAGCUACCAGCAGACUACGACCAUAUGUAUUCCAUGGGACCAGCAUCAGAGGCAGCACAUCGUUACCGAGCAAGGGCUGCAGAGCUUGUAACUAGGUGUCAACAACUACAGCAAGAGAAUGAAAAGCUGAGACAGAAUACCAGUUUCCUUGAAGAAGAAGUAGCUAAACUGCGUUCUUUGCUGCACAAGGAAAAGACUGGGAGGGCUAGAGAUAAGCAGACAACUAAGCAAAGUUCUCAUAUUGAAGACUUAGUCAAGGAUGACAAGCAGCUUAGGUUUUACACUGGCUUCUCCUCACUGAAGCGCUUUGAAUGCUUCGUUGCAUUUAUCUGUUCCAAGCACAGAACAACGAACUCGCCAGCUGGCCGACGACCUAUGCUUAGUGUGAGGGAAAAGCUGAUUAUCUGCUUGUGCAGGUUAGGAGUCGGCCUCCUAGAGCAGGAUAUAGCAUUCCGUUUUGCCAUAAGCACAUCAUUGGCCGAGAAGUACAUAUUGUGGGAACGAGGAGGUUAA